CUCAUGUCACGCUCACCGUUCUGUAAGGCUUGUCUCUUUUUCAAUAAAUCUUGAAAAACACAUUAACUACACAAAUAAUCCUCACUCAACGAUGUAGUCUCCCGUUCCUUUACCAUCAAGGCGUCUUUCUUACUCUUCUCUUCACAACUUCUGAAAGAUGUUGUCCGCUGAGACAGAUUUCACAACCUUAGCAAAAGAUAUCUCGCGCUUAUGUGGAUGGAUAUACAUCCUGGCUUGGUCCGGUUCUUUCUAUCCGCAGCCCUUGAAGAACUGGCGGAGGAAGUCAGUGACUGGCACUGCGAUAGAUUUCCCAAUGAUCAACACGUUGGGGUUUGCAUCAUACACCAUAUCUACUGCCGCCUUUCUCUUUUCACCCGUCGUCAAGAGGCAAUAUACACAUCGACAUCCACUCUCGCCCAAGACGACCGUUCGUUUUAAUGACCUGAUCUUCGCUGCCCAUGGCUUCGUUCUCUGCGUUAUAACAUACACACAAUUUUUUCCCUUCAUCUGGGGCUUUAGAGUCAGCCCUAAGCAAAAUGCAAGUAUAUUCAUUCUAGGCGUGUUUUGGGGUUGUAUAUUGGGCGUCAUUGUUACUAUCUUCGUACAAUUUACAGACACAAACGUAGGCAACGACAUUAGCGGAUGGGCUUGGAUCGACGUCGUAUAUGCCCUUGGCUAUGUCAAGCUUAUGGCGACGGUAGUCAAAUACUGUCCCCAGGUCUAUCUAAAUUAUCGACGCAAAUCUACUGCUGGUUGGAGCAUAUGGCAAAUCCUACUGGACUUCAUUGGUGGAAUUCUAUCACUUGUGCAGCUGGUGAUUGAUUCAGCACUUCAGGCAGAUUGGAGUGGUUUAUAUGGUAACCCAGUUAAGUUGGGUCUAAGCAACAUUAGCCUAUUCUUCGAUCUCAUGUUCAUCAUCCAGCAUUAUGUACUAUAUCGACAGUCCUCUUGUAAAGAGACAAACGAGACAUCUCAGAAUGUGGAUGAGCGAAGCGCGCUACUGGAGGCUUAAGGUCUUUGAGAAUAUUUCCCAGUUUUCGCAUGCUAUAGCUCUCCUCUAAUGUAAAAUAUAAAACGUACUUGACUGGGAGAGGGAAAUGUCAACGAUUUGAAGUCGGGCCCGCAAGAUCAGUCUAUUUAUCAUGCGGAAACACAGCAUCCUCGCGUGGACAUAAGAGAGGGCAAUAUCGUACAAAUUUGUGUGUUAGUCUGCUACAUGCUUAGCGAAAGGCUGAACCUUUCGUUCGAAACUUCUGAAGACUCCUACUUCAUGUUCGUUCAUUUGACAAAUAGUUUUGCUCCAGAAUUUCGCAGGGAUCACGG